GCCAUAGAAAUCUGGAGGCCAUGAGAGGGUGAAUGAGAGGGAAAGAGCGCAGUAGACAAAAGAAAAGUUUGUGAAAAACAAUAACAUUGCUUGAAUCCUUAAUAUUUCAUUACUAAUUUGCAAACUACUUCCAAAUAUAUGGACAGAAUUGGACAAUGGAAUGAAUGAUAUGAGGGGAUCAUCCCCAAGUGACCGACAGAGAGAUACACUCGGACAGACAGACGGAAGGACAGACAGGCGCGGGGCGACUGACACCGAGAAGCGGUAAACGGCAGGAAGGCAGCCUGCCUCACACAAAGACCUGCACGCACCGAGACGGACAGACAGACAGUCUGAUGCCAACUGUCUCUACUGCGAAUCUCACGGGACAACUCCUCCUCCUGCUGUUGCUAUGGGCAACCCACCCUGCCGUGGCAACCAACUGGCUGUCGCUGGCGCGGAUGCCACGCUCCAGGCCCGUGUCCGGGGCGGCCUCCUGCGGGCGGCUGCGGGGGCUGUCCGUGGGGCAGGUGGGGGUGUGCAGGGCCAGGGGCGAGGUGAUGGAGUCCGUGCGCAGGGCAGCCGAAAUGGUCAUAGAAGAGUGCCAGCACCAGUUCCGUAACCGGCGAUGGAACUGCUCCACCACCGCCCGCGGAGUCAACGUGUUCGGGAGGGUCAUGACCCAGGGUACGCGCGAGGCCGCUUUCGUGCACGCCCUGUCCUCAGCAGCCGUGGCUGUCGCCGUGACGAGGGGGUGCAGCCGCGGGGAGCUGGAGAGGUGUGGCUGUGACCGGAAGGUCAGGGGCGUCAGUCCUGAGGGUUUCCAGUGGUCUGGCUGCUCAGACAACUUGUCCUACGGGGUGGCCUUUUCCCAAACAUUUGUGGACGAGACGGAGCGUGCCAAGGGGCUGUCGCUAGGGCGACCACUCAUGAACAUCCACAACAACGAGGCUGGAAGGAAGGCCAUCCUCCACAACAUGCAGGUGGAGUGUAAGUGCCACGGGGUCUCUGGCUCCUGUGAGCUCAGGACCUGCUGGAAGGUGAUGCCACCGUUCCGGCGUGUGGGAGCCGUGCUGAAGGAGCGUUUCGACGGGGCCACCGAGGUGCGUCUCUCUCGAGUGGGCUCCAGGACGGCCCUGCUGCCCCGAGACUCCCAGGUGAAGCCCCCGGCGGCCCGGGACCUGGUGUACCUCGCCCCCUCCCCGGACUUCUGCCGCCUCGACCCUGACAACGGCAUCCCGGGCACCGCCGGCCGCCGCUGCAACGGUACCUCCCGACUGGCACCGGACGGGUGUGAGCUGGUGUGCUGUGGCCCCGGGUUCCGGGCGGGCCGGGCGGAGGUGGUCCAGCGCUGCUCCUGCAAGUUCUCCUGGUGCUGCUCAGUCCGCUGCCAGCAGUGCAAGAACACUGUGCUCAUCCACACCUGUAAAGAAUGA